AUGCUCUACUUUUGUCAUGUGUGCGAAGAACAAACCGAAGUCCUUGUCGACCAUCAGCCCAUUUGUCUAAUUUGUCAAUCCGAAUUCGUUGAAGAGAUCGACUCUGUACAAAACGACUCCUCUUUUGGCGUUUUGUAUCAACAACAGCCACAAGUCGAUCAUGAAGUUGGUGGAUCAUGGCCCGAGAGUAGUUCGACAAUCGAAUCUGAAUAUGAUGCCUAUGACUAUCCUGGGCUUUGCAGUGGUGCCAAUUCUGAUCCUGAUCCUAAUUCAUACCCGUAUGCAGACGAUGAUGAUCAAGAUACUCAAUACAGCGCUGAUGACGAUGAUGAUGGAGCUUAUUUCAAUAACUACGAUGGUGAAUCAGAUGAUGGCAGCAAUAGCGAUGUUUAUGAUCCAUACGACGAUCACGACGACUAUGACGGCUAUGCAUCGUUUCACGAGGAAGAUCAUCAAGGCUAUGGUAGUACCGAUGAGGAGGAUGAUAUCAUUACUUCGCAAUUGGAAACGGAUGAACCGACAUCAGAGCGCUCAUGGUAUACCUAUUACGAAGGCGAUAGCCCGAUGCUGUUUGGGGGAGAAGAGAUUGGAUAUGAUCCAUCACUCCAACAGUCAAGCGAUCAUUAUUUCGGCGAGGUGUAUGACCCCUAUAUCGAAAGUGAAUUCCCGGAUGCUGAUUCAUAUGCUACACCUGAGGAGGAUGCUGGAUCUGAUGACAACGAGAAUCAUUCAGCCGAUUUUGUUUCUGAGAGCACCAACGAAGAUGAUACCGAUGAUGACAAUGAUGAUCCUUCAUACUUUGGUGAACCUAACGAUGAUGAUGCAGAUGCCACAAAUGAUCUUGCCCAACUGCUUGAGAAUGCCCAUAUCAGCUACGAAGGCGAGGAACCUGAACCUGAACACUACUACGACCCAGAGGAAGAGGAUUGGCCGGAAGACAUCUACGACACACCACGUUAUGAUCCAGAGGUAGAAGAUUGGGCAGAAGGCAUUUACGAUCCAGAGGUAGAGGAUUGGGCCGAAGAGGUUCAUGGCACAGCACAUUACGUCGAGGAUUGGGAAGAAAACUAUUACGAUACGCCACCAGUUUACGAUCCAGAGGUAGACUAUUGGGGAGCACAGGUUUACGAUGCAUCACAUGACGAUCCAGAGGUUGAACCUUGGGCAGAAAACGAAACACAAGAUGGAUGGGGAGGAUUUCAAGAAGCAUAUGAUAUUCCAAACAUACUACGGAUGAUUAACGAAGAGCAUCAGAAUGACCCAUCAUGGGAAUCACCGGCAGAAAAUGGUGCAUCACCAGCAGAUAUCGAACUCUUGCCUCAACGACGAUUGGAUAAUGGAGAUGACAAAGAAGUAAUUGAAUCAGAAUGCAGCAUAUGCCAGGAUGUCUUUGGGACAGAGCUUUAUUUAAUGCGACUUCCUUGUCAGCACGAGUAUCAUGCGUUUUGUAUCGAGCAGUGGUUGUUACGAAAUGCAACGUGUCCUAUUUGGUAA